CCUCCAAUAGGUUUCCUUUUUCCUGUAUGUGGCAUAGUGGUUAAUGGAACAAAAUUAACUAAAAAUAAAUCCCAGUCAUGGUUCGUAUGAAUGUAUUAAGUGAUGCUUUAAAAUCAAUUAAUAAUGCCGAAAAACGAGGCAAACGACAAGUGCUCAUUAGGCCUUGUUCGAAAGUAAUUAUUAAGUUUUUAACAGUAAUGAUGAAGCAUGGAUAUAUUGGUGAAUUCGAAAUAGUUGAUGAUCACAGAUCUGGUAAGAUUGUUGUAAAUCUCACAGGUCGAUUAAACAAAUGUGGUGUUAUUUCACCGAGAUUUGACGUACAAAUUAACGAUAUCGAAAAAUGGACAAAUAAUUUGUUACCAUCUCGACAAUUCGGUUACGUCGUAAUUACAACCAGUGGAGGUAUAAUGGAUCACGAGGAAGCCAGACGGAAACAUUUGGGAGGAAAAAUUUUAGGAUUUUUCUUCUAGUUUGUAAUUAUUAUGUUUCGCUAAUAAAAUAAUUUAAAAUCCG